AUGGGGAGGAUCAGCAAACAUCUAUUUGGGAUUUUGACCUUUCCUUUAUUAGUGACUUUUGCCAAUGCUCAAAGCAUCAAGGAUAUCAAAGAUCCGAGCAAUAUGCCUCUGGUAAAAGACACAGUGGACAGACUGAUGAAAGGAUACGACAUUCGGUUGAGGCCAGAUUUCGGAGGUGCGCCAGUGGCCGUGGGAAUGAAUAUAGACAUAGCCAGCAUAGACAUGGUAUCUGAAGUAAAUAUGGACUACACUUUGACUAUGUACUUCCAGCAAGCGUGGCGGGACAAGCGUCUGUCGUACUCUGAGAUUGCCCUCAAUCUGACUCUGGAUAAUCGAGUGGCGGACCAGCUGUGGGUCCCGGACACCUACUUUCUCAAUGACAAGAAGUCCUUCGUCCAUGGCGUCACAGUCAAGAACAGAAUGAUCCGUCUCCACCCUGAUGGAACAGUGCUUUAUGGACUCAGGAUCACCACAACGGCCGCCUGUAUGAUGGACCUGCGCCGCUACCCUUUGGAUGAGCAAAACUGCACCCUGGAGAUUGAAAGCUAUGGUUACACCACAGAUGACAUAGAGUUUUACUGGCGAGGUGGAGAUGGAGCAGUGUCAGGCGUCGACAGAAUAGAGUUGCCGCAGUUUUCUAUUGUCGACUACAAACUCAUCUCCAAGAACGUGGUCUUCUCCACAGGUUCCUACCCCCGCCUGUCCCUUAGCUUCAAGCUGAAGAGGAACAUUGGUUACUUCAUCCUGCAGACCUACAUGCCUUCUAUCCUGAUCACCAUCCUCUCCUGGGUCUCCUUCUGGAUCAACUACGACGCUUCGGCCGCCAGAGUUGCCCUGGGGAUCACUACGGUGCUGACCAUGACCACCAUCAACACCCACUUGCGAGAGACCCUGCCAAAGAUCCCCUAUGUGAAGGCUAUUGACAUGUACCUGAUGGGAUGCUUCGUGUUUGUCUUCCUGGCCCUGCUGGAGUAUGCCUUUGUCAACUACAUCUUCUUUGGCCGGGGACCCCAACGACAGAAGAAGGCGGCUGAGAAAGCAGCCACUGCUAAUAACGAGAAACUGAGACCCGACCCAAACAAGUGGCUGGUGGGAAAUGUAGUUCAGAGAGAUGAUGCUCUGUAUGCCAGAAUGAAACAGAGGGAAAUUGACGCAUAUGACUCGAUGUGGGAUCCCAUCUUUGUGGACGAUGCCGCAUUAGGACUAGGCGAGCAAAGAAAUAAGGUACUGGAGAUGACUCCUGACGACAACAUCCUCUUCAGCACCUUGGAGAUGAAGAACGAGAUGGGGGGUGCUGGGGAUCUGUCUCGGGGCCUGGGUGCUCCCGGGGACCCCCGCAACACUAUGUUGGCAUAUGACAGCUCCACGCUGCAGUAUCGUAGGGCGGCCAUGGCCCGCCAGAACUAUGGCCACAGCGCUCUGGAGCGCCACGCCCAGAAGAAGUCGCGCCUACGGAGACGAGCCUCUCAGCUCAAGGUGAACAUCCCAGACCUGUCCGACGUGAACUCAAUCGACAAGUGGUCCAGGAUGAUCUUCCCCACUGUCUUCUCCUUCUUCAACGUGGUCUACUGGCUCUACUACGUUCAUUAA